AUGGCUAGCCGAUCAAACUUCAGCUCUUCCAUGAGCUACAGCGUUUCCAGCACWAAUCAAAACGGCGAGACAACAACCAGCGGGCAGCAGACUUCCCAUCAGAGGACCACAGAUGAGAAUGGCCAUACGACUGUGAGAUCUACGAAUCAGAAUCUUGGCGAGCCGGCUGUCGAGUCCACCAAGCAGUUCGACUCAGCAGGUCGGGAAUUGAAUGGUGUGGAGAACGGUGCAACUGGUAGUCGCCGGGUUCAAGACAUCAGCGAUGAGCAGCAAGCUCAGAAUGAUCGUGAUUAUGAAGAAAGGAUGGAAGAGGAAUACGCGAAACGCGAAGGUGGCGCGUAA